CCUCUUGAGCUUACACGAAAAAUCCUCCGAGAUAAGCAGAACAAGAAGAAUUCUGGUCAGCCCAUCCCAGUAUUUCCAUCUUGGGUGUAUGAGAGACCUGCACUUAUUGGCGAUUUCUUAAUUGGCACCAGUUUAAGCACUGACACAACGGUACCUAUAGGUACUUUGCCAUUGGCGUCCCAAGAAUCCAUGAUUGUGGAGGACUUGCUGUAUGUUCUGAUUGGUGUGGAUGGAAGAUACAUCACAGCACAGCCUCUCAUAGGCAGGCAGAACCGAGCGUUUUCAGUCGAUCCAAACUUGGACUUGUCCAUCAAAGAGCUGGUGACCAGGAUUCUUCCUGUAGCAGCAAGUUACUCUAUUGUCACCAGAUUUAUAGAGGAGAAAUCUUCCUUCGAGUACGGACAGGUAAAUCAUGCUCUGGCUGCUGCUAUGCGGACUCUAAUCAAGGAAUACAUGAUACUAAUUACCCAGCUGGAACAUCUUCAGAGACAGGGACUUCUGUCACUGCAGAAACUCUGGUUUUAUAUCCAGCCCACAAUGAGGACCUUGGAGAUUCUUGCUUCACUUGCUACUUCUGUGGAUAAAGGUGAGUGUAUGGGAGGAUCAACCCUGAGCUUACUCCAUGACAAGACUUUCAAUUACACGGGGGACAGCCAGGCCCAGGAGCUGUGUCUGUAUUUAACCAAGGCAGCCAGCGUGCCUUAUUUUGAAAUUCUGGAAAAGUGGAUAUAUCGAGGCAUCAUUAAUGAUCCAUACAGUGAGUUCAUGGUGGAGGAACAUGAGCUGCAGAAGGAGAAGAUUCAGGAGGACUAUAACGACAAGUAUUGGGAUCAAAGAUAUACUGUUGUCCAGCAACAGAUUCCCUCAUUCUUGCAGAAAAUGGCUGACAAAAUACUAAGCACAGGGAAAUAUUUAAAUGUUGUGCGAGAAUGCGGACGUGAUGUUACCUGCCCCGUGGCUAAAGAGGUCAUCUAUACUUUAAAAGAGCGAGCAUAUGUGGAACAAAUAGAAAAAGCGUAUAACUAUGCUAGCAAAGUUCUUCUGGAUUUCCUAAUGGAGGAGAAAGAGCUGGUGGCUCACCUAAGAUCUAUAAAACACUAUUUCCUGAUGGAUCAAGGGGACUUCUUUGUUCACUUCAUGGAUCUCACAGAAGAAGAACUUAAGAAGCCUGUAGAUGACAUCAUAACUACGAGGCUAGAGGCUCUGCUUGAAUUAGCCCUGCGAAUGAGCACAGCCAACACAGAUCCUUUCAAGGAUGAUUUAAAGAUUGACUUGAUGCCCCAUGACCUCAUUACACAGCUCCUGAGAGUAUUGGCCAUAGAAACGAAACAGGAGAAGGCCAUUAUCAGUGCAGAUCCCACAGAGCUCACUCUCAGCGGUCUGGAAGCAUUUUCCUUUGACUAUAUUGUUAAGUGGCCUCUGUCACUUAUUAUAAACAG